AUGUCCUGUCCGGAUUGCUUCAGCGGUCAUGUCCAUGAGGGGCAGCCCAGGGGGAAGACGAUAAAGCUCCACAACCUUGACGCGUACGUGACCGAGCCGACGAACAACGGUCCAGUCCGUGGAAUCAUUGUUAUCGUACCCGACGCGUUUGGUUGGGAAUUUGUGAACAAUCGCAUCCUAGCAGAUCACUACGCAGAUAAGGGAAACUAUAAAGUCACUCAGCGCCAUUAUGGCUACUCGACACCAUGCAUAAUUUCUUCCACGGAAGUCUCCUCUCAAAGCCGUAAGGAACAAGCCAGCGGCCCAGCCGCCCCCUAUGCGACGGGACUCGGGAGGUUUUUCCACGAAGAGCUUACUGACAAAAAGAAAAUGACAAAUCAAAGUGUCCAUGUAUUCUGGGCCUUGUAUGGCUUCAUUCCUUUUAUCGCACGAAAUCGAAUCGGUCGCUCCUUUCCUGUCGUGGAGAACUUCUUUUCUGAGCUGCGCAAGGCCGAAGGUGCCAACCUGCCUGUUGGCGCUGCCGGUUUCUGCUGGGGCGGCAAGCAUACGUUUCUUCUCGCCCGGAAGGCUGGCGACCAAGCCCUCAUCGACGCUGGCUUCGUGGGCCACCCUAGUUUUGUGGACUUUCCUGGUGAUAUCGAGAAGCUUAAGCUACCUCUCUCAAUUGCCGUCGGAGAUAAGGACAACCAGAUCCCUCCCAAAAUGGCGGCUGAAAUCAAAGCUAUGUUUGAGAAAGAGUCCGAGAGAGGAGCGAGAGAAAUCCGCGUAUACGAUAAUUGUGGACAUGGGUUUUGCGUACGCGCGGACGCGACAUUAAAAGAUUCGGAGCCAGUCCAGCAGGCCGCUGAGGCAGAGGACCAGUGUAUUGAAUGGUUCAAUAAGCACCUCGCGCCGAGGUCAUAG